UGAAUUAAACGGAGGUUGGCAGGCCCGUGGCGUCUGAAAAAUAGCGCGAAAGGAAAGUAACUAAAAGUAUCCUUUAAACCCAAUUAAUUGGAGCAACAUGGAAAGCAAGGAGGUUACGGAGGUACCGAAGAGGGAGAUGCGCUCCUUUCUGAUGGCCAGGGAUCCCUCCAUCGAUCGUCGCUUCCGGCCGCGACCAAACAAAAAGAUGCGCUUGUUUGACAACAUUCAGGAAUCGGAGGAGGAUAGUUUUUCCGAGUAUUCAGACACGGAAUCGGAGUACAAGUACCAGUCGAGCGAAAUGACUGAAGGCGCUUCCUGCGCUACCAGCGCGGCUGACAGCAGCAGUAUGGAGUCGGGACCGCAGGUUUUUCUGCGCCUGCGACCCGUAAAGGACGCAUCUAAAGCGUACGUCGUCUCGGAGGAAGCCAAUGUCCUCAUCACCAGUUGCAAAAUAGACUCGACCAGCAACAACGUAAACCGCAUGGAAAAACACUUUGGUUUCACUUCAAUCUUCGAUAGCUCCGUCGGCCAAAGGGACAUAUACGAUACGUGUGUGGGACCCAAGAUCAUGGAGGAAGAGUGUGUGACCAUAAUGACAUAUGGCACAUCGGGCUCGGGAAAAACUUACACAUUACUGGGAGAUGAUGUGCGAGCUGGAAUCAUUCCGAGAGCUCUGGAGAACAUAUUCACUAUUUACAAGGAUACUAUCUUUCGCUCACCGAAGCUAAAACUGAUCAACGGAAGCAUAGUGUUUUUGCAGGACGAUGCCUCGCUGAAGGAGUUGCAAAUUCGGAAAAAACUUUUGGACUCGUGUCCCGAUAUCACUGCCCAUCAUCACCGACUAAAGCAGGUCAUUGAUGGUGAUCACACUUUCGAGACGAAGUCCUCCACCGACGUUUCCGUGUUGGUGUGGGUGUCCUUUGUGGAGAUCUACAACGAACUUGUAUACGACUUGCUGUCUAUUCCGCCGAAACAGGAUAAGCUGACAGAGGCACCGCGAAAAAACCUGAAGAUCGUCGGAAAUAAGGGGCAAGUAUUUAUAAAGGGACUGACCAGUGUUUUCGUUACAAGUAGUGAGGAGGCUCUAAGACUACUCCGGCUAGGCCAGCAGCGCUCCACAUACGCCUCUACCUCAGUGAACGCCAACUCUAGUCGAUCCCAUUGUGUCUUUACUGUAGACAUACUUAAAUACAACCGCUCAGGAAUCACCACUCAAAGCUCGUACAAGUUUUGCGAUCUGGCGGGUUCAGAACGCGUGAACAACACGGGAACCUCAGGCCUGCGACUAAAAGAGGCGAAAAACAUCAACACCUCGCUAAUGGUACUUGGCCGUUGUCUAGAUGCAGCCAGCACAGUUCAAAAGAAAAAAAACGCUGACAUCAUUCCAUAUCGAGACUCCAAACUAACGAUGCUGCUACAGGCUGCACUGUUAGGCAAGGAAAAGUUGGCCAUGAUUGUCACUGUUACCCCGCUGGACAAAUACUACGAGGAGAACCUAAACGUCCUAAAUUUCGCUUCCAUCGCGAAAAAUAUAAUUUUUAAGGAGCCCGUAAUAAAGCAGCAUCGCGUCAGUUAUUGUGGCUUCAUGGAGUUCUCGAAGAUGUCAACGUGUGAGGGCGAUGAUUACACCAAAGAGCUCGAGGACGAAAACGUACGCCUGCAAUUACAGAUAGAACAGCUUAAGUACGACCAUGUCCUCCAAAUGCAACUUCUAGAAGAGAAAUUGCGGAGGGAACUUACUGCUACUUUCCAGGAGAUAAUACAAAACAACAAAAAACAACACGAAGACGAAUGUGAAAAAAAAUUACUAAUUGCUCAACGAGAAUCUGAUUUUAUGCUUUCCUCUCAGAAGAGGCGUUACGAAGAGCAAAUAGAAGACCUCAAGGAUGAGAUAGAAGAACUUAAGAAUCCCACAAGCGACUCGGAAAGUUCCGAUGAUCCCAAUGAUUCGAAGUCUCCCAUUGAAAUUAUAGAUGAUGAUGAGUAGUUUUUAUAUUGUAAAUUAAUUUGUUUUGUUUUAAGUGAUUUUUAAAUUUAUAUUUCAAACCUAAAAUUUUAUGGAGUUUGUCAAGUUAUCCAAUAAAUUUGUGAAGAUA